AUGGCAGACUUAGAUCUUGACUCGUCGUUCAUCCCGGCUCUUCACAAACCCGCUGCAUUGCUUCCAAUUGCGAAACACCGAGAGAGCCUUCUUUAUGUCAUAGAGAACCACCCAGUCACCAUCGUCAUUGGCCAGACGGGCUCCGGCAAGACGACGCAGAUACCCCAGUUCCUAGAGAGCGCAGGAUGGUGUUCCGAAGGAAAAAUCAUCGGUGUCACACAGCCUCGCAGAGUUGCAGCUACUACAGUCGCCCUUCGCGUAGCCGAAGAAUUUGGCUGUGAGGUUGGUAAGGAGGUUGGAUAUUCUAUCCGGUUCGAAGAUGUCACCUCUGCCACGACAAAAAUCAAGUUUCUUACCGAUGGACUCCUCAUCCGCGAAGCUCUCGUGGACCCCCUACUGACACGAUACUCUGUCAUCAUGGUCGACGAAGCCCACGAAAGGUCCAUCAGCACAGACAUUCUUCUUGGGCUACUGAAGAAGAUCCGCCGGAAGCGUCCGGAUCUCCGCAUCAUCAUCAGCAGCGCUACGCUCCAGGCGAAGGAGUUUCUAGAUUUCUUCACACAAAGUGGCGACGACCAGGGACCCAAGGGCAACGGCGACGCGAAGGAUACCAUCGGAACAAUUGUCAGCCUCGAGGGUAGGACAUACCCAAUCGACAUCCUUUAUCUCGAAUCCCCCGCGGAGGACUACAUGGAGAAAGUCAUCAAAGUCAUCUUUGACAUACACACCCAAGAGGGCGAGGGUGAUAUCCUGGUAUUCCUGACUGGCCGAGAGGAGAUUGACAAUGCCCUCGAGGCCGUGGCUGAUCGAAUGGCUGAGCUCGACGCGAGGUAUGGCCCGUUGAUGGCACUACCUCUAUAUGCUGGCCUUUCGAGCGAACAACAAAUGUACGUUUUUGACAAACCGCCCGAGAGGACAAGGAAAGUAGUGUUCUCGACGAAUAUUGCCGAGGCAUCGGUAACUAUCGAUGGAAUCGUUUUUGUGGUCGACACCGGAUUUGUCAAGUUGAGGGCCUACAACCCGAGAACUGGCAUCGAGUCACUGACGGCCACGCCCAUCUCCAAGGCAGCAGCAUCGCAGCGAGCUGGCCGAGCAGGUCGAACACGUCCUGGGAAGUGCUUCCGACUAUAUACGGAGCAAAGUUACCAGACGUUGCCAGAAGCCAAUAUCCCUGAACUGCAAAGAUCGAACCUGGCUCCUGUCAUUCUGCAACUGAAGGCUCUCGGCAUUGACAACGUCGUCCGAUUCGAUUUCUUGAGCUCUCCGCCGGCCGAAUUAAUGUCCAAAGCACUUGAACUACUCUAUGCCCUGGGAGCCUUGGACGAAUACGCAAAGCUUACGAAGCCACUUGGAUCGAGGAUGGCUGAGCUGGCAGUUGAGCCUAUGAUGGCUAAGACCUUGCUCUCGGCGCAGUCAUUUGGAUGCCUCAGUGAGAUGUUGACUAUUGCGGCCAUGACGACGUUGGGCGGAAGCGUGUGGUUCCACCAUGAUGGAGAGAGGAAGAAGAUGGAGACGUCGAGGAGGAAGUUUGCUGUGGAAGAGGGUGACCACUUGACACUACUGAACGCCUACCAAGCAUUUGUCACAAAGGGGAAGAAGAAGGCCAAAUUUUGUCACGAAAACAACCUCAACUACAAGUCAAUGACUCGGGCAGUGAGUAUCCGAGCACAGCUGAAGCGGUACCUGGAGAGGUUCAGCAUCAACGUGGACGAGACACUGGCCGGCCAAGCCUCCGCUUCGGCAUCGACGGAUAACACGACAAAGGCGGAGCAGAUCCGGCGGUGUUUGACGGCGGGCUACUUUGCACAUGUGGCCAGGAUGCAACCCGAUGGGACGUUCCGCAACGUUGAGGGCGGGACUGUGCUAUACGCGCAUCCGAGCUCGCUCAUGUUCAACCGUAAAGCGGACUGGGUCAUUUUCCACGAGGUGAUGGAAACGGGCAGUAAGAUUUUCAUCCGGGAUCUGACCAAGAUCGAGAAGGCAUGGCUCCUGGAGUACGCCCCCGAGUUCUACAAAGUGGCGGACAGGCCCGGAUGA